UAAGAUGUUUAAAAAAGAACUUAAAAAGUUCAAAAAAAGUGGAACGUUUUAUCGAAGAGUGAAGAAAAAUAAAGAAAGAUAUGAAACGUAUUUACGGAACCUGUAUUCCGAUUCUGACCGUGGUUCUAAUCGAGCAGGCGAUUGCACACAACUUCUUCAGCAGAGCUGCAGCAUUUCAGGACUCGUUAAUCGAUGUGAAAUGUCGCUUUGUCAGAUCAAUCCUUCAAACAGCGUUAAAACCACUGAUAAUGCUGAACACACUCACUGCCCCAGCUCUUAUUCAACGCCAGAAACAGAUGACUUUGAAAACUGCACCAUAAUCAAGGAAUACAGCCGGAACAGUUCUAACGUAGCCUUGCAACAAUGGGCAAUUAAGCACAACAUAAACCAUCAGGCGGUGAAGGAACUUUUAACAAUCAUCAAACAUGAAUAUAGUGAUACAGGCCUCCCUACGGACCCAAGAACUUUGUUGCAUACUCCAAAAACGACAGCGGUUGUUAAUAUUCCAGGUGGGCAGUAUUGGCAUCAAGGGCUGGAAACUUGCCUACGCAACGCUUUCAAGGAUUUGGACCAAAAUAUUGUCAUUCAACUCAACGUAAACGUCGACGGAUUGCCUAUUCACAAGAGUUCUAAGCAUCAGUUAUGGCCUAUAUUAUGCAAUAUACAUCAAAUGCCUCAUAUAAAGCCUAUGGCUGUAGGCAUAUUUCUUGGCAAGUCAAAACCUCUCUCAGUGUCGGAUUAUCUCAAACCAUUCAUUGACGAGUUGAUCCCGAUGAUGGCUAGCGGACUUACUGUUAAUGAGAAAAUUAUUGAAAUCAAAAUCCGAUGCUUUAUUUGCGACUCCCCUGCUAGAGCAUUUCUAAAAGGUGUCAUCAAUUUUAACGGUAAGGAUGGAUGUCUGAAAUGUACUACCAGUGGAGAAUAUUCUACAAUAUCUAGGACGGUCGUAUUCCCCAACAUAAGAUGCCCACUUCGGACCGAUGAAAAGUUCCGACGUAAAGAAUACGGCAAGCAUCAUCGAGAAGAUUCGCCCAUCAUUCGCAUUCCUGGAAUUGAUAUGGUUCAAGACUUCGUUAUAGCAGAUUCACUACACUUGCUGGAGCUAGGAGUUAUGAAGCGGUGUUUAAUUGGCUGGAGGGAUGGAAGUCUCGGAUACAGUGGUAAAUUGAGUGGUAACCAAAUAGAAAUGCUUUCGAAAGACAUUCAAAACGUCAAACUACCCUCAGAGAUACAUCGAGUAAUGCGAGGAUUAGACUGUUUGGCACAUUGGAAAGGAGUAGAGUGGCAUAAUUUACUUAACUACGUUGGUAUUGUUGUUUUUAAAGAUUUGUUACCUGAAAAAAUUUACACCCAUUUUUUGCUGCUGUUCAUUGCUGUGACAAUUUGUUCUUGCGAUGUUUACUCAAAGCAUAGACAAACUGCUCAACUAAUGUUUGAAAAAUAUAUCGAAGAAUAUAAAGAUAUCUACGGCUCGGAAUACAUUACCAGCAAUAUUCAUAAUUUGCAGCAUGUGGUGAACGAUGUGAAUAGAUUUGGCUGUUUACAGUCGAUUUCUUCAUACCCAUUCGAAAAUUGCCUUUUUCAAAUUAAAAACUUAUUACGACAAGGAAACAACAAUCUGCAACAAGUUGCUAACCGGAUACAAGAAAAAAAUGUGGCACAACAAUUACCAGUUCAACAGAAUAAAGAAGAAAAAAAGUACCCAUGUGUGAUGAAAGUUAGGAGCACAGUUCAGUGCAAAAUUGACGCACAUUUCACUCUGAGUAACGUUUUUCAUGAUUCGUGGUUCCUUUCGAAUGAUAAUGAAAUUGUUCGUGUGGUUAAUGUAGAAUAUACCAAGAAUGGGUCGAUAGUUAUUCAUGGGAAGUCGGUUAAAUACAAGAAAGAUUUUUUCGUCAUUCCAGUGCGUUCAUCGUUAUUCUAUAUUUAUCUGGGAAAUAUAAAUUGUAUGAAUAACCUUAAGACCUACCAAAUGCAAAACAUUUUCUGCAAGUUAGUUGCUAUACGAUAUUAUGAUCAAGUAGUUUUCAUUCCCUUGCAACAUACGCUGAGACAAUAAAGUGAGAAAAAAU